AUUUGGGUCCUUCCCCUCCCCGCCUCCCCUCGCUAUCCUUGCCCUGGGCGGCCAUGGCACGCCCGGCAGGGCAGCCCGUCGCACGAGACCGGCCGUGCAGCGCGGGCGCGGCCGGUGCCCUCCACGAGGGCGAGACCUUCGACGCCUUGCGGCGGCCCUCCGGGCUGGCUGGGCACCACGGCGCACCCGCGGGGGCCCCCGCGGCGGCAACGCACCCGCGGGCCCAGCUGCCCGGCGGCGCCUGCGAGCGGUGCGGCCAGCAGGAGAUGCUGCACAGGUGCGGCCACUGGCGGUGCGUCACGCCGACGUGCAGGCCCGCGUGGUUCCAGGACAUGGAGGCCAAGAGCUGGCUCGUGCCGAGGUCACUGGAGCGCAUGCUCGACGCGCACCUCUUCGAGACCCUCGACCGCUGCGAGGACUGCCGGCCCGAGGGGCGGUGCCUGCGGGCCGACGCCGGCGCCCCCCGGUACUGCAACUUCGUGUUCAAGAGGGGCACCUGCAAGUUCGGCUCCAAGUGCCCCGACUGCCACCUGCACGGCCGCGGGGUGACCCACCUGGGCAGGCCAGGCGCGGGAGACAGCGCAGCGCAGCAGGGCGCGGCCGCCGGCCGGCCGGGCGGCGGGGGCCCCUCGGCGACGACCUGCCCGUGCAGCCUUCACGCGCCGCCCAAUCCCCCCCUGCCGCUGCGGCUGGUCGGCCUGCACUCGCCCCCAGAGGUGCACCCGCAGCCGCGGCCAGCCACGAAGGGCGCGCCGCCGCUGCCGGAGGAGGACUCCUGGUCCGUGUAGGGCUGCGGGCGUCGUGGCGGCAGGAGCCCCCCGGGCUGCGAGCCCCGCCGUCGUGCGCUCUGCCCCCGGGGGGGGGUAUCUCCCGCCGUUGCGAGGGGGGCGCCCAUGCUCUCCAAGGCCGCCUCAAUGGUCCUCCUCGUCCUGGUUCGAGCUCGUUUCUCGAAGUCUACAGUGGGGGUCCCAUUCCAAGAAACACCCUGCUUGCCUCCAGGGUGCCCUGGGUUUCUUGGCUUUCGACGGUUUCGCUGUGG